AUGGAGAAUGGUGGCGCUCAAGCGCCUGUUAAUUGUGAUCUUUGUGAAAUGGAUUCUAUAGCGAAUUGGAAAUGCAUGGACUGUCAUCAAAAAUUAUGUGAUCCGUGCCAUUCCUAUCAUCUUAAACUCGCAGGAACGAAAAACCACACGAUUGUAACACUGCUUGAGUCGUAUUCAAGAAGUGAUGGUCAGAAUAUUGCACUGGUAGAAAGUGACGCGGGAAAAACAACUGCCAUCGAAGAACGCAAAAUUCACCCGAAAAUAGUGGAAAUUAUUGAAAAAUUAGACGAGAAGGAAAAAGAAUUGCGUACAUUUGAUAACAUUGUUGGCGAAUUUGAUAAUUAUCAAAAAGAAUACGGUAAAGCCGUGACUGAAAAUAAAGCAGAGAUAUCAGAGAUGGCUCAGAAAUUAAGGGAAAAUCUGGAAAACAUUGAGAAAGAAAUGCUACAAGAAGUUGACAACAAAUUUGUCAUCGACAAAACUACAAUUGAAAAUAUUUUAAAGGAAAAUCAAACAUCGAAGGAGAAACACGUAAAGCAGAUAAAAUACAUCCGACAGGUGCUAGCAAGUCUAAAAGAGGCUGAUGACGAAACUAUCGAGCAGUUUGUAAAAGACAAUCUGCCAAAGUUGACUGAGAUGAAAGUUUCAAGCCAAUCAAUCAACGAUCUCCCAAAGCCCUUGAAAAUAAGAACUGGAAAAGAGGAUUUACGAUCCGUGAUAGGAACGCUAGUGGAAGAUGGUAGAUUUGGCUCGGGUCAGAAGAAGCUCUACAGAAACGAGCUCGAAUUUGAACUAAAAUUCAAACCGGAGAAGGGCAACUCUAGUAUUUACAGUAUACAGCUCCGACCUGACGGCAAGGCCUGGGUGACGACAUACAAUUACCGAGUAUAUCUGGUGCUGAGGUCGGGGCAUAUUCAUGAUGAAUUUGUUGUUAAAUUUCUCCCAACCUUUACCACGGUAAACAGGUUUGGUCAACUCUACUGUUCUAGUGGUUCAUCUGAAAUACAUGUUAUAAAACCAGACCACACUAUAACAGAAUUUGAGAACUUGGCACCAUACAGAACAUUUGGACUCCACAUAAACAAAGACAACAAACUGUUCGUAUGCCUCCAGAAAUCAGAAUCCCCUGGAAAGAUUGCCGUCUUUUCCGACAACGGAAUGCUGUUGAAAGAAAUAUGUUUAGACUCAGCCGGACAACCGAUGUUUUCAGCUCCGAAGUAUGUCACAGAGACAUCAAAUGGAGUCGUAUGUGUUGUUGACAAUAAACAUCUGAUAGUCGUGGAAGAGUCCGGGAAAUCAUGUACGAGACUCCAACCUGAAGAAGACUGGGAGGGGAAAUCAUUGAUAGUAGACAUGAACGAUAAUCUAUUAAGCGCAGUUUGUCCGCUUGAGUUUGUACCGCUUACUAUACACGUCACAAACGUCAAAGGACGCGUGCUGAAGCGUUUUACACUUGAAGGCCCUGGAAUUUCGGGCAUUAAUGUUCUGGCUAUAGACGAGCAAUACGAAAAACCGGUUCUCUGGAUUGGUACUCCAAAUGGUCACGUGAUCAUAGCAGAGUUCUUGGACACAUAG